AUGGUCUUGUGGCGUGGGCGCAGCACGCAGCAUGCAGCACGCAUCAUGGUCGUCAUGAUGCCUGGUUUGAGUCAACGCACCCAUGCCUCACCGUGCUCCUCUUACCCUCCCUCCCCCCAUCUUCCUCCCUCCCCCCAUCUUCCUCCCUCCCCCCAUCUUCCUCCCUCCCCCCAUCUUCCUCCCUCUCCCCCUCUCCGCUCGUCGCUGUGGAGCCGGUCACAUGCGCUCCGCACUGUCACUCCCUUUCUCCCUUCUCCUAACCCACCUCCUCCUUUUCCCAGUAACCUUUCUCCUCUGACCGCGCCAUUUCCCUCCCGCCCUUCUCCUCCCUUCCACUGCCCCUUUCCCUCGCCCCACGCCGUCGCUGCGGCGCAGCAGGCAGGCGGAGCAGCGGGCGUGCGAGGAGUGUCACCGAAUAUGCACGAUCGAUCGCCGCGAAGGCCUGCCUUUCGGGCGGAUCAGGUGCCUCUCGGGCAUGAACGCCGAGAGGAAGGAUCUGCACAAGGAAGAGCCGGCGGAUCGGAAUCGGCCAUGGUGAGGAGUGAUCCGUGGCGGACGGAAACGCGCCAUGGGGGUGGCGAUCUGGGAUAUCGCCAGGAGACGGGAGCGUAUCGCUCGCCGGAUGCAAGUUAUCGCCGUCGCGAAGAUCGGAGGCGCGGGCGAGGCUUGGAAGGACUGUUUUCGGGCCGAGAGGGAGACCUCAACGCUGGCGGAGUAGAAGAAAGCGACGCGGCGGACACCUCGCAGGAGUCCGAGCACGGCGAUGCGGCGGAGAACGGCGCCGACGGCCGGAAGGAGGACGUGAGCAAGCAGCGCGACGUGCCUGCAGAAGCAACAGAAGCAGAUCUCGCGCAGGCGAGCGUGGCGGCAGAGACAAGCGCGGUGGAGGCGGACGGAACGAGCGGUGCUCGAAACCCGCCGCGCAACGGAGAGGAGCGUGGCAGCGGGAGGCGUAGCAGCAGCUCGCGCUCUCCAGAUUUGCGUCAGCAAUGCGACGCGGGAUGCGGCGACGGCGUGCGCUCGCCAGAUCAUCGGCGCACUUGUGAUGGGGGGCGCGGCGACGGCAUGCGCUCGCCAGAUCCGCGGCGCACUCGUGAUGGGGGACGCGGCGAUGGUGUGCGCUCGCCAGAUCCGCGACGCACUCGUGAUGGGGGAAGCGGCGACGGCGUGCGCUCGCCAGAUCCGCGGCGCACUCGUGAUGGGGGACGCGGCGACGGCGUGCGCUCGCCAGAUCCGCGGCGCACUCGUGAUGGGGGACGCGGCGACGGCAUGCGCUCGACAGAUCCGCGGCGCACUCGUGAUGGGGGACGCGGCGAUGGUGUGCGCUCGCCAGAUCCGCGACGCACUCGUGAUGGGGGAAGCGGCGACGGCGUGCGCUCGCCAGAUCCGCGGCGCACACGUGAUGGGGGACGCGGCGACGGCGUGCGCUUGCCAGAUCCGCGGCGCACUCGUGAAGGGGGACGCGGCGACGGCAUGCGCUCGCCAGAUCCGUGGCCGCUGCAUGAGAGGAGACACGGAAGUGGAUACCACUCGCCAGAUUCGAGGCAACACCGGGACACCGGGGAGGCGGAUAUCGCUCACCGCAUCGGCAGCAGAGCAGGGAUGGGAGGCGCGGUGGUGGGUCUCGAUCGCCUGGCCGGUAUUGGCAGCACGACGGAAGAUGUGCCGGACAGGGAGGGCGGGAGCAACAUGGCGAUAGAGAAGAAAGCAGUGGGCUGGUGCACAGCCUGGAGCGAGCCAAGGAAGCAAGGGAGGGCCUACAGCGGGCAAAAGGAAGGGGAGCAUCAGGGAGAUUGGUGGGAGGGCCGAGCGAGGCAUGGGGAGAAGGAAGGGGAGGCACGGCCGUGGGCAUGA